UGACACCUCUGGUCUAAGGGGUGGAGAUGGUGCAAAGCCAGGAUCCACAUCCAACAGGCUGGACUUCCCACUCGCAUCAGGAUCUCCUCUAAUAAACGCUGGGCUCUUUUUUUUAUUGGGGUACAGGCAGGACUGUUUUUUUCUGCCAGUGCUUCAGUGUAACUGAGCCUCUCUCUGGCUGCUGCAUCAGACCGCCUCAGCGCUCAGUCGGGGUUUUACGCACACGUCGCAGGAGAAAUGAGAACCAGAGACUCCUCUGUGGUGUCUUCUCGUCAUGGACACAAAGCAGCAGGUGUGACACUCACAAACUGUUAGAAAAUUUCAAAUUAUUUGGCAAUUAUUCCUCCUGGCGACGCCGUGGAUGUGUAGUGCCAAAAAACAAAAAAUGUCUCUGCAGUUUUCCUGGUGGCGCGCCUGUUCCUCGCCUUCAGCGCCAGGAUCGUGGAACGUGUGGCUUUCCAGCACUUCCAACUAUUUGCUGGAUUUUAACAGAGGAAAGUAACCCGUGAACGAUCAAAUCUGUUUUUACGAACAAACGUCACUUGUUCUCAGACGCAUUACUUAAGAACGCAAAGGAAACGUUCGUUUUUCGGUGGAUGCGCACUUGGGCACAGCAACAUCCUGAGAAGAAACGCGGAGAUGCCCCACAGAGUCCACGUUCUGCUACUACUGCUGCUGUCGCUGUGUCGGCCGGCAGCAGCGACCCGGGUCAGAAACAAGACCGUCAGGACGCGGUCCUGCCUGGACAUGCCGGAGGAGAAGUUGGAGGAGAUUUUUGGACGGCUCUCGGUGGGAGUGAUGAGCGCUUUCCAUCACGCUCUGCAGCUGGAGCCGCAGGACAAACUUAACCUCACCUGCCCCACCACUGCACGGGUCCCGACCGCCGGCAAGACCCGCCUCCCGGUCAACCUGCUCAGCAUCUCCCCCUGGGCCUACAGGAUCUCAUACGACACAAAGAGAUAUCCCCGCUACAUCCCCGAGGCCUACUGCCUGUGCAAGGGCUGCCUGAUCGGACCGUACGGCGAGGAGAGCAGUCAGUAUCGCAGCACCCUGGUCUACGCUCCCUCCGUCAUCCUGAGGAGAACAGGCUCCUGCGUCGGCGGCCGCCACUCUUACACGGAGAUCUACGUCUCCAUAGCCGUGGGAUGCACCUGUGUGCCGCUGCUGGAGAAGAGGCCGAAGAAGAGCAACCAGAGCCUGCAGAGGAGAGGGCCUAAAGCCAGGAAGCUCUUUACUCCAAGAAAGGAAGCUUGACGGAAGCAGCACUGCUGCUGCAGAGAAGUUUUCUUUUGUUUGUUUUUUACAGCUGAUUCGCUCGUGCUAGAACAUUAUGUCUGAAACUGAAGCCCCUGGAAAUGUCACUUAAAAAGAAAAGUUUAGUACAGACAGAGCUUCAGCAGACAGAUCGACCGACCAAGACAAACCUUUGAGUUCAGAAUUAAAACGCAACCAUCUGUGUAUCAGACAUACACACACAGAUUUCUAACAAACUGAAUGAAACUUUGACAAAUACUACACCAUAAAAACUGAAGGUCUGCUUCUGGCAAAAGUACAGAGGCACAUGUUUUAUUUAGCAACUCUCAUAUCAAGUAACGCAGAUAGUUUUGCCUCUGCAUGACAAGCUGCAGUAAAAAAAAAUGGGAGGUUGUUGUUAUUUAGGUGAUCCAGACCUUUCAAAACAAAAGCAAACAACAACAGAGGGCCUCACUUCUGAAUGAGCUGAUCAAUGCUGCCACCUGCUGCUGUACAACAUCUGCAACUUUCUCAGGUGAUCAGAGCAACAAGCCCACGCUUCAUGUUACUCAGACACUUUAAUAACAGCAAACAUCAAAUAUAUGCGACUGUUACCUCACUUAUCUGGGUAACUGUACAAACAUACAACACUUGUAUGUUUCCCAGUAGAGCCCAAUUGUUUAACAGCUGAGCUUUCUGAGCGGUUAGAAAAUAAACGUUCUUUAGAAAAAAUAAAA